UAGAAUAAGGAUAGCGCGUAGUGAGGGAAGCGGGACAAUGCACGCAGGGCGGAAGUGAGAAACCACUCGUUGCAAAUGGCAGACGUAUGAUACCGUCUACUUAUUUUUCUGGUGUAUCCGUGGAAGUGGAUUGCGAUUAUACGUGCUUGUGCGUUGUGUUCGGCAAGAUUGAACAUUAUUCUGUAUAGAAUCGUUGUUAAUAAAGAACUUCAACAGCGAUGGCGAAGCUGGUGAACGUUUGGCGGGACGAUGACCCGGUCGAUUUGACGCGAAGACAAAUGCCGUUGAUUGUUGAUGAGAAUCUCACGAUGAUUAUGGAUAUAAAUAGUUUGGGAGCAAUCUGUGAUAAUCCGUUAGUGCGUGGUAAACAGCUUGAUGAAUUUACUAAAAAAUUGGAUAUGCUUACAAAAGAUGAAAUUAAAGCAUCGUUUGAAGUAACAUGCAAGGAUAUGCUUGCAAUUUUGGGUCAAGCUGUGCCAUGCGUUGGUUGCAGGAGGAGUGUUGAAAGAUUGUUCUAUGACCUGAUGAAAUCAGGGCAUCCUGCAUUAGAUCCUUUGAUAAUUACACCUGAAGGAUUAUUGUCAAUAAAAGAUGAUAUUUUGGAGUCACCUCAAUUAUUGUGUACAAUGUUACAAGGACACAGUACAAGGUUAAAUAGUUUAGUUGAAAGGCAACCCAGAAGUAAAAAGUCAAGGAGAUGUGUAUUACACUCAUUGGAAAUUCAACGCAUGAGACCUUUGCCAAGUGCAUGGAAAGAAGUAUGGGAUUGUAUGGAACUUCCAUGUCGUCAAGAACUUGCUUUAAUAGAAACUGAUUUACUUGAUGCCACUUUGGAUACAUAUUUACGCAAACAUCGAUUUUGUGGUGAAUGUCGAACAAAGGUGUUAUUAGCAUCUUCUUUAUUAACAACAGAACCAGAGCCAGCAAAAGAAACAGGUUAUGUUGCUGCUCUUUAUUCUGGAAUUAAACGUUGCAUACGAGAUAGACAUGUACAUUUACCUACUAGUACAGAUUAUAUUAAUACUUUAAUUGGGCGUGCUCAACCAGAACUCAUGGGAAGGGAACGACAUGCAAAGACAUUAGAAAUUGCUCAGGAAGAGGUACUUACAUGUUUAGGAAUAUGUGUCGCUGAACGUUUGCAUAGAGUACAUCGACGUUUAAGGGAAGAAGAAACAGUAUGCAAAGUGUUAGCUGCUGUUGCAGUGGAUGCAUUGUCCAGAAAUUUUCAAAUGGCUGUAGAAGUUAAACAAGGUAUUUCUCAAUUAGAACUUCUUUAUGAAGAACUAACCAGAGAAGAAAUAGCAGAGAAACAACGACGGGAAAAGUUACGUUUAAAACGCAAGAAGAAGAAAGAACGGCGUUACGAAACAGAAGAAAAAGAAAAUGCAUGUGAGUGUUUAAGCAAAAGGCAAAGUGGUAACAGUGAAGCACAGUGUAUUUGUGCAGAUUCAAAACCUACAACACAAAAUAUAGAUCGACAUAAGUUACAAGUAUUAGACCCUAAAAAUAAGGGACCACCUACGUGUAAAUGUCCAGAUUGCAUAAAAAAAUCAAAAUCUAGUAUAUCACAGUCACAAACUCAAUCUCAAUUAGCAUUCCCCAAAAAGUCAUCGAAUUUACAAAAAAAUGGAGUUAAAAAAGAUUCUUCUGAACUGAAAUCGAAAUUUACCACAAAUCAAACAAAAAAGAUUAAUACUUCUAUUAAGAAUCUUUCUGAAGAAGAACUGUUUGAAGCUUACGAAUCGUGUAAGGAUUGCUCGGAGAAAAUUGAAGAUGAUGACUGGCAUAGUCUAGAGGACUGUAAAGACCCAAUGGCUAAAGAUAUAGUGCAUGCUUGGAUAGGAAAACCAAGUAAAAGAUACAUGUGGAUAGAAAUGAAAAAACGUUUUGAAUUAUCAAUUUCGGAUAGAAAAAGUCGUUCUUCAAGUGAACAAUCAUCACAAGAUUGUGGUUAUUCUUCAGAACACAAUAUUAGUAGUUCUUCUCUUCCUAGUACACCAGAAGGAUCAGAAGUAGCUUGCAGUGAUGGAUGUUGUAACCAUGAAAGAGAUUGUCAUGAUAUACGACCAUCUGAUAAACUUGUUCAUUCCAAUUCUAGUAUCUCCUUACUAAAGGAAAAAGGUGGCGGUCUAACACUUACACAGAUGUUAGAAGAAUCCCAUGUGUCAGAUGAUGAAGAAAAAGAAAGUUAUAUUCCAGCAGAGGAAGUAUUGGAAUUUAAAUCACGAAUGUGCCAAGUUCUUGAAAAACGACAAGAACUUCGUCAAACACUUAGAAAACGUUUCGCUAUCUUAUGCAGCCAUCACAAACCCUUUACCAUUCCUAAUUAAAAAUUUCUACUAGGUACAGAUACUUAAUAGAAUACAAUCUUUCUUUUUUACAUUGAUUUACUGCCAGUAGAGACACACGAAUGCAAUAGAUGUAUUUUGGAUAAUUGUUAUUAUUGGAGGAUAACCUUCCUGUGUGAAUAAAAUAUCGUUGGAGAUGUACAUCAUAAGAACGUCGUAUGAUAUGGUUCAUCUGCAAGAAGAAAACUACAUCUAAUAAACUAGAGGUACUACGAAACGAUUAUGCCUUGAAUUUUGUUGUUUUCUAUACAGCUCAAUUCAAAAGAAAUAAAAGACAAUUUGUAGAUGAAAAAUGUAUUAUAAAGGAAUUAAAUUGAAAAUAUAAUGUCGAUUAAUUCUGACAAAUGAUUUCAAGAAAACAAAUUAUGAAAUUAAUUGUAUAAAUGAAUGUAUUAUGUCAAUGUGUGUGUGUGUCCGGAGUUAAAGGAGACUUAUUUCUUUAUACUUGUAUGAUUAAGUAUGGUAAUUUGUAUGAGCACGUAUUAAGUAGAAAAUUAGUAAAUCAGAUUCAAUUGCACAUAGU